CCAAUUACACGUCAGCAAAUUCAACUCCGGCCUUGUCCCCAUGGUGACACGAGGAGCCCGCCUGUUCCGGCCCCUUUGGGGAGCCGCUAGUUCCUCAACAUGGGGACAAUUCACUUGUUUCGCAAAUCACAGAAAUCUCUACUUGGCAAGUUAACACAAGAAUUUAGAUCCGUAGCGGCUGAUCGAAGGUCCUGGAAGAUCUUGCUCUUUGGUGCAAUAAACAUAGUAUGUACUGGUUUCCUACUUAUGUGGUGCAGUUCCACGAACAGUAUAGCUUUAACUGCAUAUACCUACCUAACAAUUUUUGACCUUUUCAGCUUAAUAACAUGCUUAAUAAGUUAUUGGGUAAUGAUGAAGAAGCCCAGCCCAGCCUAUUCAUUUGGGUUUGAGAGAUUCGAAGUCCUAGCAGUAUUUGCUUCCACAGUUCUAGCACAGCUUGGCGCUCUUUUUAUACUAAAAGAAAGUGCUGAACGUUUCCUGGAACAACCAGAAAUCCACACGGGUCGAUUGUUGGUUGGCACCUUUGUGGCGCUCUCUUUCAACCUGUUUACGAUGCUUUCUAUUAGGAAUAAGCCUUUUUCUUAUGUGUCUGAAGCUGCAAGUACAAGCUGGCUUCAGGAACAUGUCGCUGAUCUCAGUAGGAGUGUGUGUGGUAUCAUUCCGGGGUUGAGCAGCAUCUUCCUUCCACGUAUGAAUCCUUUCAUCUUGAUUGACCUUGCAGGGGCUUUAGCACUUUGCAUUACAUACAUGCUCAUUGAAAUUAAUAAUUAUUUUGCUGUUGAUACUGCUUCUGCAGUAGCCAUUGCCUUGAUGACGUUUGGUACCAUGUAUCCCAUGAGCGUCUACAGUGGAAAGGUAUUGCUUCAGACAACACCACCCCAUGUGAUCGGACAGCUAGAUAAACUUAUAAGAGAGGUUUCUACUUUGGAUGGUGUUUUAGAAGUUCGAAAUGAACACUUCUGGACAUUGGGGUUUGGCUCUCUGGCUGGAUCAGUACAUGUGAGGAUUCGAAGAGAUGCCAAUGAACAAAUGGUACUUGCACAUGUGACCAAUCGGUUGUAUACAUUAGUGUCUACUUUGACUGUUCAGAUUUUCAAAGACGACUGGAUCAGGCCUACCUUGGCCACUGGACCUAUCGCAAACAAUAUGCUGAAUCUUUCAGAUCAUCACAUCAUUCCAAUGCCACCUCUAAAGGCAGCAGAAAACUCUAACCCUGCUACUUCUACCCCAGCUAAACCAAGCAGCCCACCUCCUGAAUUCUCUUUUAAUACACCUGGCAAAAAUAUGAACCCAGUCAUUCUCCUGAAUACUCAGACAAGGCCCUAUGGACUAGGCUUCAACCAUGGGACUGUACCUUACAACAAUGUCUUCACUCAAGGGGUUGGAGUACUGGGAAUGGGAGCAACCCAGGGAUCCAGGACUGGCUUAAUAAAUGCCCCCUACAGAUAUGGAACUGGUACUCGAGGUCAGUCCAGACCCUAAUAAAGUAUUUCCCCCUA